CCCUCUAGACGACGACUCUGGAACUCCAGCACAUGGCUUUUGUUUGGUCCCCCCAGCUAUUAAACCCACCCAAUGUGAAUGUGUGUGCACCCCCAGUAGGUAGGAAUUACAACCCUCCUGUGUCACUAGGCGACAUUCCGACAUGAUCUGUAAAACAAAUCUGACCUGGGAAAGCAGCUUUGAUUCAUUUGUCUGUUGCUGGUCUCCUUGCUGCUCCAACAAAGCACUGUUUCUUUCAUUACCCAAGAAAGGGCGACGCUAUUUUCUAGAUCAUUGCUUCACUGCAUGCCAAACCCUAUGCUGCCCCGCCCCCGAAAGGGUUUCAGAAUACAUCCCACCUGACAGUCGCAUGGGUCGUCUGUGACCUGGGGGGAAGGGGGAUGCAAAUUUUUGCCCUGACAGGCUCAAUGUUUUUCCAGACACACAGGUAUGAGUACAAACUGGUAUCCUUGCAAUGGGGGCUGCCCCCACCAUUUCAUCUGCCACACUUUUUCAAACGGGGAGUUGAAUCGGAAGUGUUUUUGUGAGCCUUUGUUGCGAGUGCACAUCUGUACAAGACCUCACACCCUGUGUGCACAUCUGUACAAGACCUCACACCCUGUGCGCACAUCUGUACAAGACCUCACGCCCUGUGCGCACAUCUGUACAAGACCUCACGUCCCGUGCACACAUCUGUACAAGACCUCACGCCCCGUGCACACAUCUGUACAAGACCUCACGUCCCGUGCACACAUCUGUACAAGACCUCACGUCCCGUGCACACAUCUGUACAAGACCUCACGUCCCGUGCACACAUCUGUACAAGACCUCACGUCCCGUGCACACAUCUGUACAAGACCUCACGUCCCGUGCACACAUCUGUACAAGACCUCACGUCCCGUGCACACAUCUGUACAAGACCUCACGUCCCGUGCACACAUCUGUACAAGACCUCACGUCCCGUGCACACAUCUGUACAAGACCUCACGUCCCGUGCACACAUCUGUACAAGACCUCACGUCCCGUGCACACAUCUGUACAAGACCUCACGUCCCGUGCACACAUCUGUACAAGACCUCACGUCCCGUGCACACAUCUGUGCAAGACCUCACGUCCCGUGCACACAUCUGUGCAAGACCUCACGUCCCGUGCACACAUCUGUGCAAGACCUCACGUCCCGUGCACACAUCUGUGCAAGACCUCACGUCCCGUGCACACAUCUGUACAAGACCUCACGCCCUGUGCACACAUCUGUACAAGACCUCACGUCCCGUGCACACAUCUGUACAAGACCUCACGCCCUGUGCACACAUCUGUACAAGACCUCACGUCCCGUGCACACAUCUGUGCAAGACCUCACGUCCCGUGCACACAUCUGUGCAAGACCUCACGUCCCGUGCACACAUCUGUGCAAGACCUCACGUCCCGUGCACACAUCUGUACAAGACCUCACGUCCCGUGCACACAUCUGUACAAGACCUCACGCCCCGUGCACACAUUAAGGAACAUUGUGUACUGGGCACUGUGCUGCUGCUCUUGUGAGCUAGGCGUUGACUAUGGUUCAUAAAAUAGUGUGCCAUGUAUCAGAGGUGGGUUUGUUGUUUCUGGGGUCCUACUGAAAGAGGCACUUCAGGACCCCUGUGCCCCCUAGUAUAGUGGCUGUUUAUGGCCAGCAGGGGCCCCCAAACCUCAAGGGUCUCAUGCAAACACAUGGCUUCAGUGAUGGUAAACUCUUCAUUUCACUGUUGCAUACGUGCAUGCAAAUGCAUGGCAAACAUUGUUUAAUGCAGAGUGAAACUGCUGGUUUACACAGUUGGUUUAAAUGCAUAAUUUGAGUGGUAAACAUCACUGUUGCAUGCAUGGAAAUGCGUGGUUUAAUGUAGGGCUGUGCGAUAUGGCCUAAAAAUUAAUAUCGCAAUAAUUUUAAGUUAUAUCACGAUAUACGAUAUGUAUAUUGUGAUGCCUGAAAUUUAAUUUCCAAAAAUUAAAUAAAACCAACGUUUAAUACAGUAAAUGCUUUAUAUUAAAGCUUUAUUCCACUGUACUAAUUGGGACCAUAUCAUUGGCGAUAUGUUUUGUUACUGCGUCCGUGAUCUCUUUCAAUUUUGCAUUUUUUUGUCGUACAGGAUGGAUUUAGCAAACGAAGCAGCCGGAGUCACUUGCUUCUGGCAUGGCUCCUUUUGCGUUUUAUUUGGUAUAGAUGCAGAUGUGGACAUACAGAGUUUCAUACAUUCUUCGUUUUGCGGAUGGGCGGGAGAGCGAGCUGUCGGCUUUGAGCAAGCAGAGAAGCGAAACUCUAAAGGGAAGUACAUGCUUCCUGCUUAACUUAAAUUUGAUGAUUUGUAUUCGAUGUUCACGAACAAGCCACGAUACAUUAAGUAUAUUCGAUAUAUCGCCCACCCUUAGUUUAUUGCAUGUAUGCAAAUACAUGGUGAACAUCUCUGUUGCAUGCAUGCAAGCAAAUGCAUGAGAGUGGUGGUAAACAUGCAUGAAAGGUUACCACCUUCAAUUCUUACGUGAACGUAUUCAUCAAGAUGUUUGCCACUAACUUCUCAAAUUUUCAAUAUUUAAUUAUUUAAUGGAUAUAACAGUAAGUUUUUAAACAAAGGGGCCCAGCUGUGGGAACACCAAUAGUAAUCUGUAAUACUUGAGUAAUUUUUCUGAAGGCAAACCCAAGUAAAGCCAUUUCUUAAUUGGCCCUUGCAUAUAAAGGAACUCCAGCUCAGUCUUGAAGCAAGGAAAGCAUAGCGCCCCCUAAUGAAAGUAACAGCAUUUCAUGUGUGUGUGUGGAUGGGU